AGCGCGCGUUCUGUAUUUAAAGGCGCCAACUGAACGGGUGAAGGGAUAGAGAAGCUUCUCUGCCAUCUUUUCUUCCCGUGUAAGGAGGUAGCGGGGCGCAGCCGUGUGUUUUUAAGGUUUUAAGAGUGCCAUAGGAAAGCACGCCUCGUGUUUGUUUUUUAAGCGGACAUGCCAGAGGAGUCGGCCGCCCCCUUAAACGCAGACAGCAUGGAUGAAAAGCCUUGUUCUUCGUCGAGCACCACCGAAAGCCCCAGGGCUGUUAUGGAAGAAGCAAAGAAGUUGAUCGGGACAGGAAACCGCCACAUGGUUAUGGGCGACGUGGUAUCAGCUGUCGCCGUCUUCCAAGACGCCUGUAGCAUGCUAGCCAAGAAAUAUGGGGAUACAGCUGAUGAAUGUGGCGAAGCUUUCUUUCUGUGUGGAAAGGCUCUGCUCGAUCUGGCAAGAAUGGAGAACACUGUACUGGGAAAUGCCCUGGAUGGCGUCCCCGAGGAAGAGUCUGAUGAAGCGGCAAAACAAGAUGAUUCAAAGAUCGAGAGUGCAGACAACUUGGAUGCUGGCCUCUUCACUUUUACUCCUACAGAGGAAACCAGAGAUGAGCUCCGAGUGCAAGUUUAUGAUGCCAUGUCAGAAAAGGAGGUUGAGAAAGGGAAGGCAGAGGGAGAUAAAGGGGAGACUGAAGCAGAGGUGGCUCAGGAACAGGAUGGAGCAGCUGUGGCCUCUUCUGCCAAAGAAUCUGGCACACCCCCUGUAGAGGAUCAGUGUUCCUCUGAGAAUAAUGAUGUGGCAAUGGAAGAAGGCAAUGAGAAGACUUCAGAAGUAGGGGAGGGGGAGGAGUCAAAGGUGGGGGUUAUGGGUACGAAAGCCACCGAUGGAGGCAAUAUGGCGGAGGAAGUAGAGAAUACAGAGGAAGCUGGAGACGAUGGUGGUGAUGAUGAUGAUGAUGAAGAGGAGGAGGAGGAGGAACAGGCUGCGGAGGGAAAGGAAAGUGAUGAUGAAGAGGGGGAAGAAGAAGAGGUGGGCAAUCUCCAGCUGGCUUGGGAGAUGUUGGAGGUUGCCAAGGUCAUUUACAAAAGGAAAGAAAGCAAAGAGGAUCAGCUGCUGGCAGCACAAGCACACCUCAAGUUAGGAGAAGUUGGCACUGAAUCUGGGAAUUAUAGCCAGGCCCUCGAAGAUUUCCAGGAGUGCCUUUCCAUCCAGCUGAAGCACUUAGCUUCCCAUAGCCGCCUUUUGGCUGAAACUCACUACCAACUAGGCUUGACUUAUGGCUAUACCAGCCAGUACAGCAAGGCUAUCCAGCACUUCAACAGCUCCAUCCAGGUCAUCGAAAGUCGUCUUGAAAUGCUCCAGGAGACCCUGGACAAAGCAGGGGGAGAAGAGGGAGCUGCUGAGGAACAUAAGGAGAUGGAGGAGCUGAGGCAGCUGCUACCUGAUAUUAGGGAGAAAGUGGAGGAUGCCAAGGAGAGCCAGAAGACUGGUGUGGUGGCAUCAGAGGCCAUCCAACAGACUUUGGCAGGGGGUUCAUCUUCUGGCUUCUCAGCAGAAAAUGGUGGAAGUUCAUCUGAGGUUCCUGUCUCUGAUGGCGCGUCUACAUCAAAGGCUGUUUCUGAUAUCUCCCACCUGGUCAGGAAGCGAAAACCAGAAGAGAGCCUGGUGAAGAAUGGUGACUCAAAGAAGGCCAAGCAGGAGGCGUCUGUUAACGGCAGUGGUGACAACGUCCAUAAUGGCAGCAGUACACAGGAGGUGGAGGACAAGCCUGCAGAGCCAGUAAACCCUUUGCAGACCUCUGCAUGAGCCCUUUGUCUCGGACAUCCCUUACCAGCACGACUCCUCUUCCAUUUGAUUCCUCUGUGUUGUAAAUAAAACCUUCAUUUUUUUUUUUGUAA